AUGUCCUCGAAUUUAACCGAAGAACAGAUUGCCGAGUUUAAAGAGGCUUUUGCGCUAUUUGAUAAAGAUAACAAUGGCUCGAUCUCUUCGAGCGAAUUGGCAACUGUAAUGAGGUCUUUGGGCCUUUCGCCUAGUGAAGCUGAAGUGGCAGAUUUAAUGAACGAAAUUGACAUUGAUGGGAACCAUAAGAUCGAGUUUAGUGAGUUUCUGGCGCUUAUGUCGCGCCAGUUGAAGUCUAAUGACUCUGAACAAGAACUUUUGGAAGCUUUCAAAGUGUUUGACAAGAACGGUGAUGGUUUAAUCUCUGCUGCUGAAUUGAAACAUGUCUUGACUUCUAUUGGAGAGAAAUUGACAGAUGCUGAAGUGGAUGAUAUGCUAAGGGAAGUGAGUGAUGGCUCCGGAGAGAUUAACAUUCAACAGUUUGCCGCACUGCUUUCUAAAUGA